AGUGAAUUCGGAGUGAGAUCGCGGAUGAUGCAGAGAACUGAUUUGGCUCAAUCGAUAAAUGGCUAAACGUUUCGUUAACCAAGUGUUAAAGUCAGAAUAGCAUCUGGACAGGAAGAUGCUGGGAGCUUCUGUGGACUCCUCCACCAAUGAGUCUUUCGAGUAUCUGAACAUUUCAUGUUUGGGGAACGUCUGUAGUAACACGACAGUCGCUCCGAGACCCCCAGUGUUGAUGGACGCCUGGCUGGUGCCUCUCUUCUUCGGGAUUCUCAUGGUGGUGGGUCUGGCUGGAAACUCGCUAGUGAUUUAUGUGGUAACGAAGCACAAGCAGAUGCGCACAGUUACCAACUUUUACAUAGCAAACUUGGCUACAACUGACAUUAUUUUUUUGAUAUGCUGUGUCCCAUUCACUGCAGUCCUAUACCCACUCCCGAGCUGGAUUUUCGGGGAAUUCAUGUGCAAAUUUGUCAAUUACAUACAACAGGUAUCAGUACAGGCAACCUGUGUCACAUUGACUGCAAUGAGUGUAGACAGGUGGUAUGUGACAGUAUACCCACUCAGAUCCCUGAGGCAGAGAACACCCCGGGUGGCAAUGGCUGUCAGUCUUGGAAUAUGGAUUGGGUCUUUUAUUGUGUCCAUACCAGUGGCUAUGUAUCAGAAGAUUCAAAAUGGAUAUUGGUUUGGCCCCCAGGUGUAUUGCAGUGAAUCUUUCCCUUCUGCUUCUCAUGAGAAGGCCUUUAUCCUACAUAACUUCUUAGCUGUCUAUCUUCUCCCAUUGGUCACGAUCUGUGUGUCUUAUACUGCCAUGCUGCAUCAGAUGGGGCGACCAGCUGUGGAACCCAUUGACAACAACUACCAGGUUCAACUUCUUGCUGAAAGGUCAGAGGCUAUGCGCACAAAGAUCUCCAGGAUGUUGGCAGUUAUGGUCCUUCUCUUUGCCCUUUGUUGGGGUCCCAUCCAGUUGUACAUCCUUUUCCAAUCUUUUCUUCCAAAUUUUAACAGGAAUUACUAUACAUACAAAGUCAAGAUAUGGGCGCAUUGCAUGUCCUACACAAAUUCCUCCAUCAAUCCCAUAGUAUAUGCAUUCAUGGGAGACAACUUUAGAAAAUCAUUCAAAAAGGCAUUCCCGUUCAUCUUCAAACAGAGAGUUGGGAACACAAACAAUGGAAAUGCUGCUGGCAACACGGAGAUGCAUUUCGUUUCAUCUGGAACAUAAGGGAAUUUGAUAUUUUGGGAUAUAUUGCUUAAUUAUUGAAAAUAUGUGAGUUGAACCAGGAAGGUCUGAUAGAAGACUUUAUAUCAACUAUUAUUAGAAUUUCAUUCUCGUUGGCUAAGUGCCAUCACCCAUUAACAGUAUCAUUCAAACUUUACAGUGAAUUGUUGUUCCCACACUAUCUGGAAUGCCAGUAACAUCAUCCUGUUUUCACAUGAAAUAAAUAUACUUAUUAUUCACAUCAUUUAUCAAUUUUGAAAGAUAUUUUUUCUGUAGAUGAUCAGAAUUUAAAGCCCUGAUGGUGUAAGGAAGUGUCUUACAUCAUGAUUAACUGAGCCAUAAAAUCCAGAAAAGCCCUAAGAUUAAUCUCUAGACUUUGCUGAGGUAGAUGGCAUCUGUCAAGUUCCUCACUGGAUGUUUCAUCUAGUGUCGGAAGGGAAAAAUGCAAAUAAAUGUGCUGUUCUUGACUAUUAUCCAAUGAUCUUUGCUGUAAAUUGUGUGUGCAUAUGGAUGUGCGUUGAGUGAAGGAUUAGGUGCAUGUUUGACAGCCCUUGUAAUUCAACUGUUGUCACAUGUUUAUGUUCUUAGUGCCUCCUGGUGCUUCACUGAGUGUAAUGAGAUAGAGGGUCAAAAAGGUAAUGACCUUAUACUUAAAGGUAUCCAUUAUUUACAACAAUCAUGUUGCAAGUAUGUAGUUGUGAAUUUUAAUUAAAUUGGUGAUCUGUUCUAUAUUUCAUUAAUUUAUAUUUUGAGUGAAGCGGUGAAAGGAUGAAUUUGGAACAGUCACAUUUAAAGAAAACAAAAUAUAGAAUAUGGAAAUCUUAUAAUUUUUUGCAACUUUGACCCUCAGGGGUUGCUUAGUUUAUUUUACAGUGCAGGAAAUGAUUGUAAUGGCAAAGUGUGAAGUACAGAGGUAUCCUGUACAUAUUUACAUGAUGGUGGGGUCCUCCAAAUCAGUGAUGUAACCAUAUAUACUGGACGUGUCCAAGGUAGAAACACAAACCACAGUAGAAGGAUGUCUACCCCAGUCCCAACCUCAAGAUAAUUGCUGUCCAAUAGACACAAAAUGCUUGACACAAAGCAUCAAUAGAAUGUGCCUGACAGGCUCAUAGCACUAAUCCACACACCCAGCUCUCCUACAGACAAUUUAAGAGAUGUCUGCAGAGCUUGAUGAGAAACAAAAUUGUCAUUUUUUUUCAAGUCAAGAAGAAACCAUUAUUCUUUUGUGACCUCAGAACAUCCCAAAGCACGUCACAGCAAAUCAACUUCUUUUUAGGCAGAGUGAGAGUUGUAUAAAAAAGAUUUCCUGUCCUGAUCUCUACCCAUUAUAUGUGUCACUUAUGUGUAACAAAAUCAGACAAAUAACAAUUAAUAAUAAUCAGAUCAAUAAUUUAGUGAUGCUGAUAGAGGAGAAUUAUUGGCCAGAACAUCAGGAUUCCAUUCUGCCAUGGGAUCUUUUGCAACCACAUGAGAAGGCAGAUGGAGCCUCAGUUCAACAUUGCAUUUGGAAGGUGGCAUUUCUGCUUCCUUGCAACUGUAUUAAACUAUUAGCCUGGAUGAUACUUUAAAAAUCAUAAAAUACGAUUUGAAACCAUAACCUUCUGGUCUCAGGUAAGGAUGCUACCUGCCCUCUUAGCCACAGCUAAUAUAUCGAAUGUUGAAUCCUUUCUUUGAAGAGCUCUGAGCUCCAAUAUGUUUAUAAAUACUGUAGAAAAUCACUAUUUGUAUUUAAUCUCUGUGCAUCUUGAUAAAUUGCUUCAUGUACAAAAUAAACAUUCAGCAUGUUUUUAUGUAUUGACCUUGCAAAUAUAACAAUUGGCUGUUUUAUUAUGAAAUAUGAUUUAGAGGCUGAAAUGGGUUUUUAAAUCUCCAGUUGCACGUUCUAUUCUAUCAUGAAUUAACUUAUCAUUGAAAUAGAAAAUAGCCAUUACUGACCUAUGCAGAUCUGAAGGAUUCAAGAUUCCAUUUCUGAAACUGGGUUGAAUUAUGUAGCCCAAUUCAAACUGGCAGUAAAAUUCUAUAAAAUGCCUAUUCUAAGGAGAGGAACGUUCAAGCAAUGCUUUCUUUCCUGACCCUGCUAUUGUUUAUGGAUAUCAGAUGGGGACAGGACCAGAUUUAGUUUUGACACCUUUAAGCACCCAGUUAAAUAGACAGACAACAUUCACUGUCUUUCAAAAUGGUUGGCAGUUGAAGUAACCAAGUUAGAAUUUAGGAAGGGAACCUUCCAAAUGAGUUAGAUAUUGUAUUAGGGUAUUGAGAUAUUCAUUGACUCAAUUAGUUAAAGAAUAAUUAAAGACUUCAUAUCAUUGAGGGAGGCCAUCAUAACUUUGCAAGUUCUUUGAAGAAAUAAUCUUAUUAGUCCACUCCUCACUCUUGUCCUCUUCUUUUCAACUUUGUGAGCAUUUAAAUUAUGCUUCCAAUAAAGGCAAAUAAUUACAAUGACAGCACUGAAUGAUGGAUAUCAUUGAUGUGGCAAACUUGUAACUGGAAAUAACAGCUAGGAUGACAGAUUCAAUCUGUUACUUGUGAAUGUUUUUAAUUUUCAAAUAGUAAGAAGGAAUCUAAAUCUUUAUAAUCUUUAUAAUCUUUUCUGGCACUGCAUGCAUUUGGCUCAAAGAACUUUGCAGAUUCUGUUGCUUUAUUGUGAUUAUAGGUAUGUGGAUUGUUACUUUAUUUAUCAUUUCCAUGAUUUGUUAUUUAAAAAAAUACACACUGUACUUUUUGGUUUGUUCAGUACAGUAAGUCUUUAAUAGAUUAUUUCAG